AUGCAAUCCAAGAUAUCUCUUCUCGGCUUGGCCGUUCAGGCUAGCCUCGCAAUUUCAAUUCCUCGGCCUUGCACUUGUCCAUCGAUUUCUGGCAACAAAACGAUUGAUGCUUAUCAGUUGUACCCAGAGAACGUUGAUUUCGAUACACGCCGUUGUCUUUUGUACUCCAGCGUAUUGUACAAUGCAACUGCGGUCGCCUGGGAUCCCUAUCGAGGAGAGAUAGUGCAUACUUUCGAGGCGCCCGGGCUCAGCGGCAACCCUCUGCUGCAUUCAAGUGGCGUGCGUGUCGACACUCUGGACCGACUCUCUGUUGUCAUCGACGCCGGCGCUGCUUUUGAUACUGGUGGCCAGAAUAUUCAGGGUGAUAACUUGCUUGUCAAGUUCGACCUUGUAGACAACUCUUUGCUGUGGCGAGCAAACCUGACCAAUGCGACCGGUGGUGUAUACGGCGGUUUUCAAGAUAGCGAAAGUGAUGAUGCAGGCAACACUUUCGUUCUCGGAACCUUUCCCAGCAGCCUGAUCAAAGUCAGCGCAGAUGGAAAAUCUGUUGUCCCAUGGUAUCUCGUCGAGCCAGCCAAUCAUACCAUUCACGGCUUCUCAGGAAUUGCCCGCAAAGGCGACACGCUCUUUGUGACUGAUAACUCUGAUGGCCAGCUUUACCGAUUCGAUAUCAAAGCAUCAAAGGGCAAACCGGUUCAUGUCCCAACAUCUAAGGAUGACAAGCCCUUAGGCCAGGGUCUCGACGGUUUGCAUCUGCCUUCACUCUACGCUGGUACUGUUCUUUUGGUCAGCGAUAAUACCAACGGUACUGUUGUGUUGAGAUCCAGCAAUGGAAAGUGGAAGUCUGCUGAGAAUCUCGGCACCAUCCCCAACCCUUACCUCAAUCAGGGCGGAUUUACUGUCGCGUCUGUGCAGAUCUCUGAUAGUAUCUAUGCUGUUACCGAGUUCUUUGGUGAUGCUAUUAAUGGAACUCUCCCCGGCAAUAGGACAGCUUUCCCCUUGAGGGAUAUCACAGAAGAGGUAGAGACUCUACUGAGAGCCUAG